AUGCUGGAGGGUCCAAAAUUUACUGGAAUUAUAGGCCUACACAAGAAUCACGACAAUUACGAUUUCUCUCAAGAUUUUUAUCGGAAGCUAAAUGAGGGGUCUAACAUGUCCAUUGAUAGUUAUGGGAGCUUGCAGAUGAGCAAUGGUGGAGGCUCUGUUGCCAUGUCGAUGGACAACAGCAGUGUUGGUUCAAAUGAUUCGCACACUCGUAUCUUGGCUCACCAAGGGCUAAAGCAUGUCAAAGACUAUUCUGUUGCGGCAAGUGUCAAUCGUGGGAGAGUCUCCCACGGGCUGAGCGACGAUGCCCUGGCCCAAGCUUUGAUGGACCCUCGAUAUCAUACAGAUGGGCUUGGGAACUAUGACGAGUGGACGAUUGACUUGAGGAAGCUUAACAUGGGGCAAGCUUUUGCUCAGGGUGCAUUUGGGAAGCUCUAUAAGGGUACUUAUAAUGGUGAAGAUGUUGCAAUUAAGCUUCUAGAGAAGCCGGAGAAUAAUCCAGAAAGGGCACACUUGAUGGAGCAGCAGUUUCAGCAGGAGGUGAUGAUGUUGGCAAGGUUGAAGCAUCCAAACAUAGUUCGCUUUAUCGGUGCUUGCCGUAAACCCAUGGUCUGGUGUAUCGUGACAGAGUAUGCAAAGGGGGGUUCGGUGCGCCAUUUCUUAGCAAAGCGGCAAAAUCGAUCUGUGCCUUUAAAAUUGGCUGUAAAACAGGCCUUGGAUGUCGCAAGGGGGAUGGAAUAUGUGCACGGGCUAAACUUGAUUCACAGAGACUUGAAGUCCGACAAUCUACUAAUUUCCUCUGACAAGUCGAUUAAGAUUGCAGAUUUUGGGGUUGCUCGUAUUGAGGUGCAAACUGAAGGAAUGACACCAGAAACAGGGACUUAUCGCUGGAUGGCCCCGGAAAUGAUCCAACACAGGCCGUACACCCAAAAAGUCGAUGUAUAUAGCUUUGGGAUUGUACUGUGGGAGCUCAUCACAGGAAUGCUUCCCUUCCAGAACAUGACUGCUGUUCAGGCAGCAUUUGCAGUUGUCAAUAAAGGGGUUCGUCCCAACAUUCCCAGUGAUUGUCUUCCAGUUCUCAGUGAGAUCAUGAUUCAUUGCUGGGAUGCUAAUCCUGAUGUUAGGCCUCCUUUCAGUGAGAUAGUCAGAAUGCUCAAGGCUGCAGAGACAGAGAUCAUGACCACCGUCAGAAAAGCUCGUUUCAGAAGAUGGUUCUGUUCGACAACUAAUCCGCAUGAAUUUGCCCAUGCCGCAUUCUGGCCUGCAAUGGACUUUGUGAAGUCGCGACUUCAGUCGGUGAUGGACCAAGGCAGUCGAGGUAAAGAAAUGAUACUCAUACAAAUAAACGAGACCAAGAAUUUCACGGAGCUUAUACAGAGAUGGACAUUAUUUGACGAGAAAAUCCGGAAUCUUCUUGUAAGAGCUCCAGGCGGUUGUUCUCUACUUCGGCCAUCUGCUUUUCUAAAUACUCUUUUGAGGUCUGUCCAAUGA